AUGAGUCCCCCUUCUCCCAAGAAGAAGAACGGCGGCAAUCCUUCUGCCCCGAGACAAAUCCGUUUUGUCGCAACCGACGGCCAGCCGCAAACCAAGCGCCGCCGCGUUAAUGCCGCUUGUUUAACAUGUCGCCGGCGUAAGAUUCGAUGUUCUGGGGAACAACCAGUGUGCAAGACUUGCUCCGACUAUAAGCAUGUCUGCCUUGGAUAUACCGAUUCGACUGCCCACCUGCGGACGCAGUCCGACUCCGCAUCUCGGGCCCCGCCGCGCUUCUCCGCGUCAGAUGAACCGACAGCCCAGCACGCUGCUCGGGUAGUCGAAAGCAGCUCCCCUGAGCCAGCACUGGCGGCAAUAGCGAUGACCACGGCCACCGUGGAUAGCUCUAUUAGGACGAAAGUGCCCGACUCGAAGGACACACCUUCGUUGAAGGAUGUAUCCUCACGUACAACCAAGCAAUUGGAGACCCAAGCCGUUGGGGAUAGUCCGGAGAGUGGCCGUACCUCAAUCAGCUCGGCAAGCCGCACGCAUGUGCCGUAUUUUCGAUACUUUGGCCCUACCGCGAUUGUACCCGGGUUCAAGCAGAUGGUUGUGCAGGUGCGAGGCUCUCGCAGGAGCAACCCGUCCAUGUCAUCAGAUUCUCCCUCCCCACUUCGUAGUCCUCGAUAUUCUGAUCUCCACACGAGACUCAUGAUCUCUGCCGCGGAUACUCGCGACAGUCGUGAUGCGAAUAUCCCAUUUUAUGACCGUGAUGAUAUGUGUCCAGUUUCAAAUCUUGUAUCGCAUUUAUGUGAACUCUUCUUUGCCCACCUAGGGUGCAGCUUUCCUUUUCUACAACGCGACAGGUUCCUCCAAGAUCUCAAAGAGAAAAAGGUUGAUACCAUGUUGGUAGAUGCAGUGUGUUCGUUAGCUGCGAGGUUCUCAUUGCAUCCGCUACUUGGUCCUCCACAGGCGCAGCCCAUCGAUCGCUCACAGCCACCACUCGAAGCCAGAAAGUGGGAUCGAGGUCUACCAUUUGGUCAUCGUGCGAUGAGCGCGCUCGUGGAUGUAUUGCCAUGCCCGACUCUUUCUGCCGUUCAGGCCUGCCUGUUACUUGCCUACGAGCAGUUUGGCUCGAAUCAUGACAGUGGGCUUUGGAUGUACCUCGGAAUAUCAAUUCGUAUGGCUCAAGACCUUGGGCUGCAGAAGUUUCAAGGCCUCAAACAUAAUUAUGGACAGAGCGGCGUCACUCCAAGUGAAGUCAUGACAGGCCACGCUGGGAAGUUGAGGGAGGAGCAGUACGAUGACGUUGAUGUGCAUCUAACACCUAAGGCGACCCCACAGCCCUUGAUUGCGGAGCGUGCCAGGGAACGCGAGCGUGUAGACUCUUUCUGGAGCAUCUUCUUCCUCGACCGAGUCAUCUCUUCCGGUACCGGGAGACCAGUGACACUACGUGAUGAGGAUAUUGAACUUUGUUUUCCUCUUCAAUCUGAAUCACAAUUGCCGAAUGGGUGGCCCGCGCCUUUCCCCCCGCUUAUUCGGAUUAUCCAUCUGUAUGGCAGAGUCACCGAUCUUAUCAAUGGCAUUCAGGAUGUCAAACAUGUCACACCGGAUACAUUGAAGAUGUUGGCUGGAAUGGAAAGCGAUUUGACUGGGAUCUAUCAACGCUUAUCUCCAAGGCUUCAUUUCAAUGCGGCCAAUUUUCAGGCUUACGUGAAAGCCAAGGAGGGAACCAAUUUCAUUCUUCUGCAUUUUUGGUUUCAUACUCUCAUCGUUCUCCUACACCAACCGACUUUGUUGAACUCAUUUGGUGGAUCAAUCCAACACCUCUAUCCGAAUAGCCGCGAGCUGUCCAUGUCCUCUGCCAAAACUAUCGCGGAUAUCCUUUCCUUCUCGGAAUUGGUCGAUGGGAAAAGCUUUAUCGGAAACCCUUUCACAAGUCAGCCGAUGUACAUUGCGGCCUGCGCGUUCCUCAUGGAGAGUGCUUACUAUGCGACCCCUUCCUCGGGCACUGACUCGACUCAACCUCAGCCAUUAUUAGCGAAUCAAUCCAGUGGAUUCGUGAUGCCCACAAUGGAAUCUUCUAAUGGAACAGAACGGAAGUCUACCGCGAAGCAUAUUUUGCUUGCUUCUGCCGCCAAAGAGAAUUACCAGCGUUGUUAUAAGGCUUUGCAAGCACUCAAUGCAUAUUGGGAAGGCACUGGGUAUAUUUUGACAGUACUGGAUCAGAAGGCCAAGGGAAUUGUGGAUCCUCUUCUUUACACCGUGGAGGAUAUGGAAAACACCGAAGGCAUUAAUACUGGGCAACAAUCCCUUGGGCCUGGGGCUUGGCGUGCGAGUAAAACACUAGCAGAGUCUGAAUCCGAUGUAGAAAGACCAGCUGGCGUCGCGGAUAUUCCAUUGGAUGGCAAGUGGUCACCACAUAUUGAUCCAAGUCAAGGUUUGUUGAACCCUCCAAUGUCCACAAUCGACAUCUUACUGACAGAUCGUGUUUUGACAGCUAUUGGCUGGGCACUUACCGGGGCGACGAACUCUUCACAGCCCAACUUGAGUCUGCUUUAUCAGAUGCCCACAACCGACACCGAGUCCACACCGGACAGACCAGCAUACUCGUCGCAGUACAGCCACAGCUAUCCAAUACUACCAUCGAAUGGCAGCGAAGGCCCAAGCUCCUCAUACCCCCAAGCCAUUCCGUCGGCCACCUCUCACGGAGAAAGAAAAUCCUCGCUCACAGCCCAAAAUUCAAAAUACACCCAUAUUCCAUCCAGAACCAUUACUACCGAGCCCCCUUAUUAUAUGGGUCUGCAUUCGCCAUACCCCGAAUCAAAUACACGAACGACACGCCCCAUACAGACAGUAUCGCAUUCAUUUUCCGGUGUAACAUCUGCUCUUCCAUCCUCGCAGAUCGAUGCCCAGCCUUCCGCGUAUGGUUAUUCAAUGCCUCCAGCGACGGCCGAACACCCAAGCAGAAAUCAAAUGGUAUCUGGCGGCCCAGGCGCCGAUCUUCAACCCACAAUGAACGAUACCAACGGGAUGAUAAUCGGAAGUCACGACGUCGAUAUGAACUCACUCCACAAUCAGGAUUCGUUCCCGUUCGUCAACGGCGAGAUCCUUCCGUGGCUGGAAUAUCUCCCUCAAGAUGUUCUUAGUUUCUUCGGCGACCAUCAAAAUUACCCGCUUAUGAGUCCUGACGAUGUAUCACGGCCUCCUUAA